GGCACUUUUCAAUCUGUCCGGGCCGUCUGGACUCCAUUGUCUCGACCCAAUGCUCCACGCACGCCAUCUGCUCGCCGUAUUAUCGCCGACGGCUUGAAGCCGCCGUCCUUUCGCCAAACCAACCUGACGUAACUCAAUCUCGACGAGUUUUGCCAUUUUCGUCUCGUCGAAUUGAAAACCUUCCAGUGUGUGGCAAUUCAACUUAACAAGGGUGUUUGGUUACGCGUUGACGUCAUCGCCCCCCACUUUUUGAGAGCUGCCAGCCGUUCUCAACGAACGGCGGUCGGGGAACAAGAAGUCAUCCGGGAUGCUCUCCUCUCGCCCGGCCGCGUGCCGCGCGUCCCCGCCGAGACUUGGUCUGCGUGUGAAAAGUGUGCGGGGCCAUGUUGACGACGAGAGCGACGCCGCUCCACAGAGCGCAAGAUGAGAAGGUGGACUCUGGAGCUGAAAGUACCAACUCGGACUCCAGUAGGAUGUCAGCAACUACCAUAGCCGAGCUGAGGAGCCAGCGCGCCCGCGAGCAGCAGCGACGUCUCUCUGUUGUAAACUUGCACCUCUUGGCUAACCCGGGAGACUCCCUGUUGCUGCAGCACAGCUUGGACCGUCUGCUACGCAGGCUUUGCCCGAGCCUCCACAUUUUCCACGUAUCGGAGAGGGCAUCUCCUCAUAAAGGGAGCGCUCGCCUCUGUCCACCAGCUGGCUCCCCUUCUCUGGCCAUCACUUUCUUUCUCCACGAGGUUUAUGGAGAAGAGCGCAUCCUGAAAGUUCUGGACUUCUUCCAGCGACCGCCCUGGAAAUACCACCACACGGAGAGCUGCAAAACGUCCGGCAUCCGCAUCUCUUCCGACGAGACCGCCCCGCUGCGGCCGUACCUCCUGCCCAGUCGAGACUUUUUCAGCUUGGGCGCGGGGAUGCCCGUGUGGGGCGUGCGACCGGUGCACUUCGGAGGGGAGAUCUUGCGCGUGACGUUGUACAGUGGCUACGACAAUUACGAGGACGCCGUGCGCUUCUACGAGACAGUGCUGCAGAGGGAGGCGGAGGAGCAGAAGACUGGUUUUUGCUGGUUCACCUUGCACACAGAACCUGGGCUUUGCCUGCAGCUCGCUUUAAAGCAAGUGUCGGAGGGGGUCCACGUGGAGCCGUGUAACUCUGCUGUGCUGCAGUUCAGCGUGGAGGAAAUUGGCCAAUUGGUACCUCUGCUGCCCAACCCUUGCACACCCAUCAGCGCCUCACGCUGGCAGACCGAAGACCUGGAUGGAAACAAGGUUCUUUUCCAGGUGAAAACCCCGCCGCAUCCCAAGCCACCUUUGACCUGCGCUUUCCCCCUGGCCUGCCCCGCUGUGCCCCCCCGGGCCGUGCAGCUAAAAAGCUUGUCGCCUAACAACCUUCAUUCUCUGCCAGCUUGGCAAAACUACAGACAUGGCCCGAGAGCUACUAGUGAGAGCGCUGUGGAGAAGCUUCCAGGGAGCCAAGGGUCAGGCAGCUGUUGCAGCACUCCCCCGGGAAGCUCUUGCUACUCGUCGCAGCGCAGCAGCCCCGCCCCGCCGUCCGCUUCCGACUCGCCCCUGCGUCCCCCCAUCACCCGCUCACUCUCGCGUCUACUCCUGGAGGAGGACGAGGGGGAGACCAACGUGGACACGGGGGUCGCCGUGACCGCCGCCGUGACUCGCUCUUCUUCAAUGGAGCUUUUGAGCUCAUGUCAGCCACGGACGCCCGCGGCCUUCGGGCUUUCGGCCAAAAACUGGAGCCCUUCCAGAAAGUGGCUUUGCUCUGCUUUCUCCAAUCAUGGUGCAAACAUCAGCGCGCCGCUGACAAAUGCGCCCGAUCCCUGUUAUGUCGAAGAUGUUUUCACCGCCACGGAACUUUUUGCUAAGCCGUUGUCAUCACAGGUGAAUGAAGAGGAGUCCGUCGACGAGUUCUUCAUCUGAAGAUGCCGGAGAACUUUUUAACAUGUACUGCAGCUGAAGCUCACUGAAGUCCAAUUGUGGGUAGCAUGCCACUUUGAAGUAUUUCAUGAGUAUCAACAAAAAUCAGUGAAGAGUACAGACAAUAGUUCAAACUGUGUAAAGCAGCGAUGGCCAAAUUACAGCCUACAGGCCAAAGUUUUUAAUGGCAUAUGGCGGAAAACACAGACAAGACUGAAAAGGCAGGUUCUGCUCUUGCAACCCUCUUUAAAAGAAACUGCUGUAUUUUAAGCCAAAACAACUGUUGUGUUUGAUACAACAUUAUGUCUAUAUGCUGUCAUACCAGAUUCAUGGCGCAUUAAGCCCCCAAACUAUUUUUAAUUUGUCCGUUUCACCCUGGAAACCCCCGUUUACAGAUGUCGCGCCACCGCUUUCGUUUCAACCCAGGCAUAAAACAAAGGUAAUAGAUGUAUUAUUCAAAAUGUCUGUCAUUUUUAGCUUAGAAUUAUUAAUUGAUGUCUAAUAUUUCGUUUAAGAAAAAAAAAAAAAAAACGACUUUAAAAAUUUACGACACAAUGAAAAAAAAUGGCGUCUGUAAAAAAAGUCACGGAUAUC